AUGGCAGGUAUCACUUCAACGGCUCUUGGCGGCAUUGUCGUUCUUGCUGCACUUCUGUUGUACCGCUACAUUUCGCACUGGCGAACUAACUAUAAGAUUGCUCUGACAACUGGAUUUCCAGUUUUCUACUCCCCGAUAGCACAAAUCUGGAAAAUCUGGAAAAUGGGCCACGACCCCUUUCGCGAAGCCGGUAGCGACACAUUCGUAUUAGCCACACCGAGCGGUAACAUGCUCUGGUCUUCUGACGACACUGUUAUUCGCGGUUUGUUUGAACAGCAUCCAAAGGUUGAUGCACCCGUAGAAUUCCUAAAAUUUUGGAAUGUUUGGGGUCCAACUAUCGCGUCGGUUCAGGGUGCAGAAUGGAAAGUACACCGUAAAGCUGUCACGGCUGGGUUUGGUCCGGCCAUGAAUCACACUGUAUGGAAAGAGACACUGAGCCAAACUCAGAAGCUCGCAACACACUGGACCGAAGAUCAUCAGGCUAUUGUUCCAGUUGUUAGGUAUUGGACAUCGAGACUAGCUCUUCAUAUUAUUUGCAAUGGUUUCUUUGGCAUGAAAGUCGAAUGGAACGCAGAUAAUCAGAAAUCCUUACCGACUGGUCAUAAGAUAGCUCUGGAUGCGGCACUCCCUAAAUUUAUCGAAAAUCUUGCGGUAUUCGUUACCGUACCUACUGCACUGCUGAGUAGACUGCCAGUCAAAAAGUUCAGAGACACUUACGAGAACUUCACGGAGAUCACAACAUACUUGGAUGAAUUUCGAGCAAAGGUCUUGAAUAAUGUUGAAGCUGUUCCCGCUAAGAAAAGCAAAACAAUUCUUGAGUCCGUUGUUCUCUCCGAGGUCUCAGAAAAGAACCCUCUCGCGAAAGAAAGUGUGUUGGGUAACAUAUUCUUCACGCUUUUGGCAGGACACGAGACAACCGGUGGAACACUCGGCUUCAUUUACCUAUUGAUGGCAAUCUACCCAGACCACCAAAAACAGUUGCAAAAGCAGCUAGACGAUCAACUCGGUGAUCGUUCGCCGGAAAAUUGGUCGCUCGAGAAAGACUACCCGAUUCUGAAACAGGGUCUCUUGGGAGCGAUCCAGAAAGAAGUCCUCUACUUUUAUAAUCCUGCAUCUUUUAUGAUGCGAAAAACCCUGAGUCCAGUGACUCUGGUUGAUUCAAAUAACAAAGCGCAUCAAAUCCCCGAAAACACUUUGACACUUAUCAACAACGCGGGCGCAGCACGAAAUCCGAAGACUUGGAAACGUUCCAAAAUUUCAAAGGAGAGACGAAACGCAUUAUCAGAUUCUCCGGCUUUGGAUUUCGACCCUGAUAGAUGGCUGGAUGAAAAGGACCAGCGUCUUGCUAAUUGGACGGCUUUUGGUGCUGGAGGAAGGGUGUGUCCUGGGAAGGAAUUUGCGAAUAUUGAGUUGACGGCGGCGAUGGCGACGUUGUUUAAGUUAUAUUCUUUGGAGCUAGUUGUAGUCAAGGAAAAUGACGAGACUGAUGAUAUGGCUUGGAAGAGGACAAGAGAUCAGGCGAUCAGAAUGUUUUAUGAUGACAUGGAGGCUAACAUUACUAUUGGGGUACACAAGGAUAUUCCGAUUAGAAUUGUUGAGAGAGUUGUGUGA